AUGUUGUUGCGGACGCUAAAGAUCGGACUGGAAGUGGAAUCGUAUGGCCACUGCUUCAACGAUCCAGAUGGAAAAGCCGACGACGUGCUGAAGGAUCUCUAUGAUCCUAAAGGCAAAAUAUUGUACGUGUUUAGACAGGACACGAAAGGCAAUCUCAACCGAGACACUGCACUUGAGCUCUCUGACAAGAAUUCGCAUCUUGUUGCGACCGCCGAGAGAGGCGCUGGGAAGAGCAGCAUCCGCACUGAAUUUAUCUACGGUGGAGACAUCGACCAGCCCUUGAGCCCCGGAGGCGAAAGGAGCAAGAAAGUUGCGCAACGUAUACAACAAUGGAUAAAGUUAUGGAGCUCUAUCCCCCGCGAGGAGUGGAACACCAUCUAUGUUCAACCUGGUUUCACUGAUACUCCGUCCCAAACAUCCCACUUUCCAAUUUACCGUUUAAAUAAAUGUGACACGGAUCCUACCGUCAUCAGCCAAAUCACGAUUGGAAUGCCACUCGCGGGGUUUGACCGUAUUGUCAAGGAAGAGCAACUCUAUCGUCACUUCUUUGCUUCGGAGGCACCAAGUGUCAACGAGCGACGAAGAGAAGAAGCACAAUGUAUCACACAAAAAUUUGUGAGCUGGACUGGCAAGCAACGUGGUUGGGUCGGCAAUGGAUAUACCCAAAAGUAUGCGCAGGAGACUGCGACAGGCUUUUUGUGUAUCGUACAGGCGUACGUCUCUGCGGCCAGGGAGCAGAACCCGGAAGGUUAUAACAGAUUGAAGCUCAAAGUUCCAUUCAUGCCACGUACUGAUUUUCGUACGAUGCUUCAUCUCGUCUGCGAUACUAUGACUUCCACGGCAGCCACGACCUUCCGCAAAGAUUUGGCGACCGAGUUCUUCAGCCAUGAUCAUAAGCCCAACCUCAAAGACUUGAAAUGGAGUUUUGCAAGUCGAAAAGGAUCGCAAGUUGGGGAGAUAACCGUUGAGGUCACAAAGUUUUUGAAGGACCUGGAGACUGAUUGCGGAGACACCAGCAAACUCACAGAUCUGAUUACACAGGGAGACACGAACAGCAACUCACAAAUCGGUGCACUUGGGAGGAAGGUAGAGAGAUUUCUGGAUAGUAAAGAUGACAAGUUACUAGGACCAAUCCUGGAGUUUAGACAGUUAGAGGUUGUGGUGGCAAGUAAGCUAGUGCCGAUGUUGCAGAAUCUUGAAAUGGAGGUAGCUAAAGUCCACAAAGAGGUUUUAAAUUCAAACUCCGCCUAA